CUCCGGACCGCUAGAAAGCGUUCAUAAAUGUGGAAAACAGAUCAGAAGAAGCUGGUGACAGGCGCAUUUGUUUGCGCCACCAGAAGCCUCAGAAGGCGGCAGUUGCUUUGCAAGGAUGGAGCAGCUAUCAGAGGCCAUUACAGAACAGCUUUUGUCACCUGAAGAACAAACGCACCCAGCAUCCCCAGCCCAGAAGGAGGAAGCCAAAAUCAAAUCCAAAUCUACCCAGCGAGACUUACGGAAAACAUGGGAGGAACUGGAAAGCUUAAAGGAUAAAUUUAGCAGGCUCCAAGAGGACUAUUCAGACACACGACUCACCAACCAGUUGCUGGAAGAGAAGCUUCAGAUUAUCGCCCAGAGCAUGGCCGAAGAGAGGCAAACGCUGAACCAACGGAUCAACGAACUGCUGGAGAGGCUCAUCAGCGCUCAAAACACCAUUUGCACCUUGGAGAAAAUCAACAUCUCAGGCCUGGUUUCCAAAUCGAUGGUCAAACACCAGCACAUGGAGAAGUCCGAAUCCCCUGACAGCCUCUGCUCGCUGCAUAAUCUGGACGUUGCUCCUCCGCCUGCGUUUAUGGACGGUGCCUCUGAUGCCCGCACCACUCCCAGCCAGUCCGACUCCGCCAACGAAGCCAGUAAGCUGGGCGCCAGUUCGGAGUCCGACACAUCCGGGCCCAAUGGCGAGCGGCUGCCAUCGGUGGACUACAAGUCCCUCGUCCCAUCCAGCGAAGGGCUCAAGCGGCACAGCAAGGGCCACGCUCGGGCGACGGCAUUCACCCCGUGGAAGCAGAAGUCCACUCGGUUCUCCACAGAACCAGUGAACUCGACGGAGAGCGAAUGCAGCGGGGAAGAGAUGGUGCCGGUUUGCCCACUCCCGACGCCACGCUUCUUAUACUUGAGGCAAGAGACCCUGGUGGCCCCGACGGGGUCGAGCGGCUUCCCUUCCUUGCCCACCACGGAGCCGGUGGUCUUCGAAGUGGAGCGGUCCACCUCGCCUCCCGGUUUGCCCCUGAGCAGCCAACUCGAACUUGUGCCGGAGCUGAGCAGCUCUGAGAGCUCUGACGACGAGGACGAAGUCUCCUGGAGCCCCGGUUUGGUGGAGAAGACCUCCAGCUCUCACCUGGAUUAUGAAUCGGCCCAAAAGAUGUUAGAUAGCCUGCUCCACAAGAACCCUGAACCGGAGAAGAGCCGGGAGAAGGAGGCCCACAAGGCAGGGAGGCCCGGAGGAUACCGUCUAGCCGGCUACCAAGAGGGGAGCGGGUCAGGCCUUGGCCCUGGCCGCCAUCUCCACCAUCACCACCAUCACCAGCAGCAGCAACAGCACCAGGUCCGCUACUACCAGGACUUCCCCAGCCCUGGGCAGGCGUUGCUGGAGGAGAAGAGCUACCCAUGCCCUCCUCCUCUUCCUCUUCCACGUGGAGUGGGGUCGCUUCCAAGGGGCAUCAAGGGGGUGGCAAUGGGGCUGGAAGGGGACGAAGCGGCCCAGGACUCUACCUCUCUCUGAAGGGGCCAAGCGCCAAGGAAAGCAGAUCCUCAGCUCCUCCAUGCCCUUCCCUGUUAAAGCAACCGGGACUGUUUUUCAGCGUCUUGCUGGGGAAGGAAAGGCACUCUGCACGUGGCAUAGAGCACCUUUCCCCUUCAUCGGGUACAAGAAAAUAGCAUGAGCCAUAGGAAAGGCAACUGGUGGAGCCGCUGCUUUGCAAUAGUGGGUCCCUGUUGGUUUAACAGAAGCAGAUCCAGGUUUAAUGGUGUGUUCUUGAAAGAGCUCUCCAGAGGGAGAUCUCCAGGGUACCCAACUUAUUUGGGCAACUAGGAGCGGGGUGCUAAACCAGUCUGGCAAUGGGGAGAGCUCUGGGAUACUGAACCUAUUUUGGCAACAGAAACCUCUCUGAGGUGCUGAACCUAGUUUAGCCACAGAGGAUGAAUGUAUUUUGGCAUCAGGGAGCU